AAAACCCCGCGAGUCCGCGACAAACACCGUAGCUACACCGUGCAGCCGGCCGCGCGCGAAUAUACUCCAAUCCCAAGUCUCCAAGUACAGGUACAGUACACCACUCCAACUUCGGUUCUUCCCUCUUCCCAUUUCCGCGCGGCGCAACACCUUCUGGACGUCGGCAUGGCGGCGGUCGCCUCCGCCUCCCCGCUCCCCGCCGCGGCGGCGCCCUCCACCCGCUGCUCGCCGCCGCCCGCCUUCCUCCCUCUCCGUGCGCACCGCCCCCGCGUCGGCACCGUCGCCACCAGGAGGGUUUUCCGCGCGGAGGCGAUGAGGACGCAGCGGGAGAAGGAGCAGACCGAGGUGGCCGUCGAGGAGUCCUUCCCCUUCAGGGAGACGGCUCCUCCUGACGAGCCACUGGUCACCGCCGAGGAGAGCUGGGUGGUUAAGCUCGAGCAGUCCGUGAACAUUUUCCUCACGGAGUCAGUCAUCACGAUACUUGAUGGAUUGUACCGUGACCGCAACUACGCUAGAUUUUUCGUAUUGGAGACGAUUGCUAGGGUGCCGUAUUUUGCGUUUAUCUCGGUGCUUCACAUGUAUGAAACCUUUGGCUGGUGGAGGAGAGCCGAUUAUAUAAAGGUGCACUUUGCUGAGAGCUGGAAUGAGUUCCAUCACCUCUUAAUCAUGGAAGAAUUGGGUGGCAACUCUUUAUGGGUUGAUCGUUUUCUUGCACGGUUUGCUGCAUUUUUUUACUACUUCAUGACUGUUGCGAUGUACAUGGUGAGCCCAAGAAUGGCAUACCAUUUUUCUGAAUGUGUUGAGAGGCAUGCGUACUCAACCUAUGACAAGUUUAUUAAGCUCCAUGAAGAUGAGUUGAAAAAGCUACCAGCUCCCGAGGCGGCUUUAAACUAUUACCUGAAUGAGGAUCUUUACUUAUUCGAUGAAUUUCAAACAGCAAGAGUCCCAUGUUCUAGGAGACCUAAAAUUGAUAACUUGUAUGAUGUAUUUGUCAAUAUACGAGAUGAUGAGGCAGAACAUUGCAAGACGAUGAAGGCCUGUCAAACACAUGGAAACCUUCGUUCUCCUCACUCUAUGCAGAAAUGCUUAGAAACUGACACCGAGUGUGUAAUACCUGAAGAUGACUGUGAAGGUAUCGUGGAUUGUGUCAAAAAAUCUCUUGUGAGUAAAGAGUGACUGAUCCUAAUUGGAAUGGAGUGCGUCAUAGUCUCAUAGAAUAGAGUUUUGAUAACAGUCGGUUUCCUUUUUUCUUUCAAAAGAUAGGGACCACUAUAAUCUUAACAUUCUUGAUAAUCCUUCAGAAUAGGCUAGCUGUAUCACAAUAAAAAUAAUAUAUUCAUGAGAUAGAUGUUACUGCAAGUUGUGAAGCCCUACAAAAUUUGCAAUCUUGAUGUGCUGUGGUUCUAUGGAAA